AUGGAGAAGUUCUCAAAGUGGAGGCCCUUUCUCCCACUCCAGGCUCCGGCCUCAUCCCCACUUACGCUCGCCGUCUUGCCCUUCUCUCUCGCAUUCGCCCUGGUGCGCGCGGCCCUCCUGGCCGUCCUGCUUGGUGUCUAUUUCAUCCUCGUCGAGAUCCUCCUCACCCCGCUGGGCGCCAUCGGCCGUCCCCUUUCCAGCCUGUUCACCUCGAUCCUCGCGCGCACGGCGCUCGUCCUGCUGGGCUACUACUCGAUCGCGAUUGAGACGGCUUCGGCCAAGCGCGGCGGCAUGAAGGCCGUGGCGCAGGUCGUCCCCUCGGCUCCGCGCAGGGGUGACCUUAUUAUCUCCAACUGGACGUCGUACAUUGACGUGCUGUACUAUGCUUUCAGGCAUAACCCCACCUUCCUCCUGCCCGUCUUCUCCGAGGCCAUCACUGUCGACUCCAACUUUGGCCGUGCUAGCGGUACGGGUUCCGCCUCGAUUCUCCUCCCGACCACAUCCAGCACCUGUAUUGGCUAUGUCCCCGUCCGCCCCCUGGCCCUCAUGGCGCGUACGGGUUCUCUCCCGCCAACUGCCGCCGAGGUGGCGGGCCAAAAGGUGUUCAAGACGCUCGCUGCUGCCCGCGCUGCGUCGCCCGGCCCGGUCCUCGUGUUCCCCGAGGGAACGACGAGUAACGGCCGCGCAGUGCUGCGCUUUGGCGACGGCGUGCUCGGUGAAGAGGUCGGCAAGGAAGGCAUCGUCUGGAUCAAGUUUAUGCGCCACGCAUCCCCCACCGCCCUCCUCGCAGCUGCAUCGUGCCCGCUGCCCAACCCGGCCGCCCACCUGCUCCUGGCGAGCCAGCCAGGCGGGUUUGGCGCGCUGCGCGACGACCACACCGCCGCAAACCGCGAGGCGUGUGCGGUCAUCCUCGCCGAGACGGGGCGCGUCAGGCGCGUGCCAGGGAUGGGAUGGGCCGAGAAGGCCAGUUUCUUGGUCUAUUACGCCAAGAGCAAGAGACAAUAA